AUGAGCUAUUACCUUCAAAUCUGUGGGAUUCCAAGCAACCAUAUGAGCUCAUCAGCGCUUCUUUGCUUUGACAAUAAGCGUUAUUUAUUUAACACAGGUGAAGGAUUACAAAGAUUCAACACAGAAUUCAAGGCAAAAAUCAAUAAAAUCACUGAUAUUUUUAUCACAGCUAUUGAUCCAGACACACUAGGAGCAUUGCCAGGAGUUAUGCUUUCCAUGAUGGAAGCUGGCGUCCCUAAUUUCCACAGAAAAAUCCAUGGGCCUCCAGGCAUAGCUGCUUAUAUACAGUCAACUUUGACUUUUGUAUGGAAUGAAAUUUUUGACAUUAUCGAGUACGGAAAUGAAAAUUUUGAAGCCCCACAUGUGAAAAUUACAACAGAAAGAGUUUUUCGUGACGAAAAUAUAACAGUUCAUGUGAUUUCAGCAUUUAGAGAAGAAAACAGUUUUUAUGAAUUUCCUGAGGGGAGAAGAAUGACUCCGUCAAGCUCUGGGAUUAUUUAUAUAAUUGAAGGAAAAUUACAGCCGCCAAAAUUUAGGGUAGAUAAAGCAAAAGCCUUGGGGGUUCCUCCAGGGAAACUGUAUGGAAGACUUAGCGCUGGGGAGACUAUAGAAAUAGGGGAUAAAAUAAUUACUCCAGAUCAAGUGUUAGAUCCAGCACCACCAGCACCAGCCUUUGCAAUACUUCAUUUUCCAACAGAAGAUCUACUCACCCAAAAUAUUCAGUCUUCUUUACAUUCUAUUUUAUCCAGCUUAUCUAGCGACUUUUCUGCAAUUUUAAGCUUUUCCCCUAGCCAAGUCUUACUAAACCCUAUUUACCAUUCCUUAAUAUCGCAAUUCCCUGCAGACUGCAAACACCUUUUAUUUUCCUCUUCUCUUAUUUCAUCAUAUUACCUAUCCCUUCCUCCAACCUCAAUUUAUAAGAGCUCAGAUACUUUAUUAGCCCAGUUAAACGCCAUUUGUCCAGAACUUUUCAAUUUUUCGCCAAAUGAUUGAAAAGAAAUUAACUCUGACGAAGCAGAAAGUUUGAAAAAAAUAUACCCAAAUGCAGUAAUUCCACAGCUACUAAUGAAAAUUAAGCUAAGCCCUGCACAAAAUAGAGGAAUUGAUAUUGCUGAGGCAAUAAAGCCUUUUAAUUAUGAAGAAGCCAUAAAAGCAGUCCAAGGGCUGAAUUUUGAAAGUGAGGCACAGUGUCAUGGGUUGCCAUAUGAAAAUGUGAUUGAUAUAAAAAAGCUAGGGGCUGACCCAGAAAUUUUACUAUUAGGAACAGCUUCGAUGAAGCCUGGGAAGUACAGAAAUGUAAGCUCAACUUGACUAGGCGGAUGGGGUGGAAGCCUUUUACUUGACUGUGGAGAAGGCACUUAUUCACAACUAAUAAGACGCUUCGGAAGCUCAAUAAACCAAGUUUUGCUUGAUCUUAGCGGAAUUUUGAUAUCCCAUUUGCACGCAGACCAUCAAAUAGGAAUUAUUAAGCUUCUCCACGAGAGGGCGAAACUUACAAAUUCCCCAAUCAUUGUAGUAGCUCCUUCUAAUUUUGAGGUCUACUUAAAUGUCUGCAACUUAUUAAUGGGGCCUUUGCAUUAUACAUUUCAGCCCGUUGCAGAAACCCAGACAAUCCCAGGGCUAAAAUUAAUCCAAACUGUCGCUGUUAUCCAUAGAAUUGAAGCUUAUGGGUUUAUUAUUGACCAUGAGUCAGGAUGAAGAAUAGUCUAUAGUGGAGAUACAAGACCAUCAGAAAAUCUUGCUACAGCCGGAAAUGGCGCCACUUUGCUUAUCCAUGAAGCUACAUUUGAAGAUGAACUUCAAACUGACGCUGUCGAAAAAAUGCAUUCUACCUUAAGUGAAGCUUUAAAUAUUGCCCAGUCUAUGAAUGCUUGAAAAGUCGUUUUGACGCAUUUUUCGCAGAGAUAUUCAAAAAUCCCAAAAACUACACAGGUAGACGCAAUUUUGGGGCUGGAUUUAAUGAAGUUUAAGCUGUCAGAUGCACAUAUUGCUAUUAAAAUAUGGAUAAAUAAAAUGGCAUUCGGUUCGAGAGAAAUUAGCUCUGCUAAUUUUCUCUCCCCUAUGGAAUUUUAUUUAUGGGGUUAGGUUUUCUUCUAAGAACUUUUGUACAGCAACAGCGGUUUAACUCUGGCAGAUAAGCCGAGGCACAGCUUCAAGUGCAUAGAGGCUUGAAGUUUUACCUCUCAGCACACCUGAGGAAAUGAUCCUUAGGCGGAGCACGUCUAGGAGCUGAGCCAAAGGAGUGAGGCAGCGCAGCCCAUCGAAGCUGGAACGCUGGAUUUGUCCCGUGCCCUGGCGAAGCAAAGUCGAUCGAUCCAGGAGUCCAUGGGCCCGAUACGUGAAUAAAUAUAGCGGUAGCUCUGGACAAGGCUACCCCGUAUGGACGUUAAACGUUAUACAUAAUUAAAACUAAGGCUAUUGAAAAUAUGAGUAAGUUAUUGAAAAUUUUAGAUGCAUUAGAGGAGAAAAAAGAUAGCUAA